UCCUCCCUCCAGGGGACACAUCCCCCCUCCCUCCUGGGACACAUCCCUCCUCCCUGUAUGGGGAACUCUCUCCUCCCUCCAUGGGAUGCAGUCAGAGCCAUCCCUCCUCCCUGCAUGGGACACUUCCCUCCUCCCUCCCCAGGGCGCCCACACUAGAACCACGUGCUCUGUCUUCCCGUCCUCUUGCACACCCCACACAUGCCUGGUCGUGGAGGGUGCCAGGUCGCCAACGUGACAGGCCUGGCUGGGCCUCUGUGUGGCAAUUCCUAGCACCAUUGGUUUUGCUUCUUUGGGACAGUGGUUAUUAUAACUUCUGGCACCCCUGGAACUCUAAGAAAACAAUACCAGGAAACAGAAGUUCCUGAUUCCUCUGGGGCCAGAGCAGAAACCCAGGCGGAGGGUUUUGUCCUGAGAACACUGGUGACUGUGGCCUGUGUCUGUGGGGACCUCACCACGUCCCCGUCCCCGAGGCUGGCUGUUGCCUGUUUUUGCUCCUGGCUGUCUUCACCUGGGGAGGAUGGAGGCUGGGCAGGAGCAGGCUCCCAGCCAGCCGGGGAGAAUUUGGGGAGAGCACUGGGGGACCCACCAAUGUGAUCUGAUGGACAAUGCAGUACCAGGCUGGGGGCUGGAUCCUAGCGUGCGGCUGUGGCCCCUGUGGCCGUGCGAGGCCGUGUGGUGGGCAGUGCAGGGCUCUCCUGGGCCUCAGGGAGCUGUUUCACGGGCUUCUUGGAGCUCUGGUCAGCUGGCUCUGGACCAUCGGGGUCAGAUGAGUGGGCCUGCUCAGUGAGCCGUCAGCAUCCACGCCUGAGCCCUCCUGGAACUGGGCUCCUGUGCUCCAGAUGGGCAGAUCCAAGCCCUGGACUCUACCAUCCUCAGCCAACCAGCACCUGGGCACCCUGGAGCCAGUGUGGGGGCCUCGGGUCCCCGACUGUGUGAGCAGCCAGUGGCCACCUGUCCUGGCCCGAGGGGAGAAAGCGCGUCUGCCUGCGGAAAGUGCACACGCUGCCGGGCGAGGCUGGUGAGGGCCGUCACACACACGCGGGGCCGCUGGCUGCAGAUGGACGUUUCUGAAAGGAGCCAGUGGGAGCCUGGUGUCUGCCCUCUGAGGUCAACGCUUCCCCCGUCACUAUUUUCUCACAGUACCGAUGCGAAAGUUCCCUGCAGUACCUCUUAGACUAGGUUUAAGUCCUGAAUUCAGGCUGCAGCCCUGAGUCAAUGGAACUUUUACCCAGAUGCUGCCAAGAUUUUGGGAAGAACAACAGGCCCUUCCCCGGCGUGUCCAGAGCAAGUGGCGUCAUGUCCACGAUGGCACAGGGUCGUGGGAUGUGGCCCGAGGAGCUCAAAACUGGCAUUGGUCAACAAGAGCCCCAGAGACACAGGGUGGGUCUGCCAAGGACCCUCAGGGACCACCAGGGCCUGGAGGCUCCAGUGUGGAUGAGCUGGGCAGCUCUGGCCAGCAGGGGCUGGGGCCCCAGGGCCAGGGCGCUGUGCAUGGCCCCUGGGAAGGUGCCUGGCUGGCCGUCCAUCCGUGGGGUGAGCUCGGCCCAGGCGGGCAGGGUCCCUCCAGGUGGGCGUGAGUGUUGCUGGCUCCCGAAGCCUUGGAGAAGCUCUGCCCAUUCCACAGCCGUCAGGCCAGGGGCCACUCCCUCAGGAGCCCACUCGGUCGAUGCCACCUUGUCAGUCCAGCCAGCGGGGCCUCCCGUGUGGCCUUCAAAGCCACAGGCCUCUUUCUAGAAACCUCUUUGCAGUUCAUUUGUGGUGAUUUAUCCCUGGACGGGUUCUCAGGAUUCUGUCCUUCUCCACCCGGCUUUUCUCUGGGUCAAGCGCUGACCCCAGCCAGGCAGAGGCGAAGACGCCCCGACACACAGCCUGUCCUGCCCGGUGGGCGCAGCUCCGGGACUGACUGGUGGGAGGUGUGGCUGCUCCGAGCUGCCCUGUGUCUCCCGCCCAGGGAGUUCCAAGCACAGGUCGGGGUUUGGUCUUAAAGUGAAAUCCCAGUCUGGGUCUCACAUGCUGAAACCAUCCCUGGUCCCCCGUGUGGCCCCUGCAGUGGCAGCACCCGCCCUGGGGACCCACGUUUGGCCCAGACAGAGGCUGUAGCACAGGUGGCCACGUCCCACGGGAGCAUCAAGCCACGAGUCUUGGUCGUCCCCUUGGGACCAAGGAGAAGCAGCCACUCCGUGGCCCCCACUCCAUGGCCCCCACCAGCUGCGGCUCCAGCAUCCUUCCAGGAGGCAGGCAGGGUCCCGACUGCAUCUCAGGCACCUGCCUCGCGGCGUUCGGCUGCCCCAACCUCCCCUGCGGACUCGUGGCCUGCUGGGGUCAGAGAGCAGCAGUGACCGCUCCACCCCUUGCAGACAAGGAAGCUGAGGCUGAGGGACAUGGGGACCCUGCCAGAGAGGACGCGGGAAGCGGGGCUGGCUCUGCUCCCGGCAAGCUCUACCGCAGACUGAGACACACAGAAAGCAGCGUUUCCCUUUCUCAACAGAACACGCUUGAGCCCCGGAAGCAAGUGGGUCUGUGCAGGAGGGUGGGGGCGGGAUGGCACAUGGGUGCAGGUGCCGCCUUGGCGUCUUCCCGCCCUCGGUCCCAGCUCGGGGUCUCUUCCAGGCUGGCUCAGAGGCCGCUGUCCGAGCAGCCUGCGUUUGUGUGCCAAGUCCUCACCGUGCCCUCCUCACUCGGCACUGACUGGCUGCCCGUGGUGGGGGCCGAGCGGGGCUUUCUCCCCAUUUGCAGAACAAGUAAACUGAGACUCCAGCCCCUGCCCUUACUACCAGCGUCAGAGGCUCCCGGGGAGCAGACCAUGGCCACCCAACCAGGCUGGGAGCAGAAAAGAGAGAUCUUUGGAGUGGCUGAGCGUACAGCCUGGAGCCCUGGCAGCCCCGCUCAUCCCAAAUGCUGCCAGGUGCCGAGAACCCCGCGGGGAGCAGAUGGCGGCCAACGCAGUGUUACAAAGCUUUCUACCCGGCAGACAAGUAGGAGGCAUCCGCCAGCCUGGGCUCUGCAGACGCCGGCCCUCCCUUCCCCGCCGGGAGCACAGACAGUCCCAUCGAUUAAACGCGAUCUUCUUCUUUGCCCGGUGAGUCAUUCAGGCUGCAGGCCUCCUGGCUUGCUCUCAUCCUCUUCAAAGCUCUGUUUAUUAAAACUAAGUGGAGCCUGUGUCUGGCAGCCAAGACAGAAAUCCUGCCAUUUGCUGCAAGUGAAAACCUGCGGGCAGCCAAGGACUAGCGGGCUCCCACGUGCCUUCCUGUUCACCCUCCCAGCUAAUGGCAAGGACAUCCCUGGUCCCAGCCUCUGUGCUGUGUAGCCCAUGGGACACGGCGGGGCGCCCUGCUGGACGUGGGAGGGGCUGGCUGCUAACAGCUGUGGGGACAGCCGUGGGUCCCAACUGCAGCGUGGCCCGAGGUCUGCCCAGCCCUCUCCCCAGGGGCCGGUCUGAUGGGUGUGGACAAACGCUCCCUGAAGAUGUAGGUUCACGGGGUCUGACUCAGGCCAAUGCCGGCCCCUGUACGUGUUUCUCAGCCUCAGCUGAUGACCUGACCAGCACCGAGGCACCAUAAUGGCCACUAAAGACCCACCUGGACUUCCCCUUCCUCUUAAAACACACAACCAGGAAUGCCAGCCUGUCCAGGUUCGAUCUGGGGUGACCAAGCUGGGCAUCCCUGGAGCCCCUCACUCAGGAUGAGCAGGGCAGGGAGC